AUGAAAUUUAAGGCUACCCUGGCCCUAGUAUUGGGUGUAAUUGGUGUAAUACCAAUUACCCUGGCAUACGUCGUACCCUAUACCUGGCAAGAGGCCUAUGAUAGCAGUAACAGAUAUCAAUAUGUCUUUUAUCCAGAGGGUACAUCAUCUGGAUAUUCAGGACAACCAAUGACAACACCGGCUAGAGGUUACAGUGGCACGUAUAAUCCUGCUUAUACCAAUGCUGCUGGUGUUUAUUAUACAGCUGGUCCUGCAAGUAGCACUUAUCCUAUGAGUUCAUCGAAUUCCGCUAGGAUGGCGAGUGGUGUAGCAGUUCCAGCAAGUAGUUCAUAUACUGGAAGCUCAUCAAGCUCAGCCAUGAAUGCAAAUAGAGCAAUUGCGCGGGCAAGCCAAUCAUAUAGCAUGAGUUCUUCGGGAACCGCUAGGACUGCUAAUGGCGCAGCUAACCCUGUAAGCAAUACAUACCCCAUGAGUACCUCAGGCCCAGCUAGAACUGCUAAUGGAGCAGCUGUCUCUGCUAGUGGUUCGUACGCCAUGAGUUCACAAGGUUCCACAAGAAAUUCAAAUGCAGCAACAGGUCCUUCAACGGGUUCAAAUACAUCAGCACGUCCAACUUCAACGAGCCCAUCAAGUUCCACUAGGCAAUAUACAACGACGUCAAUUGCAACUCCUCAAAACUAUCCCACCAGGAAUACUAAUGGAGCACCAAGUCCGACAAAUACUGCAUAUCCCACGACUUCCUCGAGUACAACUGGAUCAGUAGUUUUUGCUUCCACAAUGAACUCACCAAGUUCGACUAGGCAGUAUACAACAACAUCGAGUUCUAUGCCCCAAACCAAUCCCACAAAGAAUGCAGGUGCUUCAAGCACGGUUUCCAAUAAAGCUAAUGCAGCUCCCGUGAGUAGUACAUACCCCAUGAGUUCAUCAAACACUGUCAGAUAUGCCAACGGAGCAGUAGGUCCUUCAAGUACAACAUAUCCUAUGACUACCUCGAGUGCAAAUCGAGCAGUAAUUCCUUCCGCUGGUACUUAUCCCAUGAGUUCAUCGGGGAAUCCCACAAAUGUAAAUACAGCCACCGGUCCUGGAAGCAGUACAUACCCCAUAAGUAACUUAAGAAAUCCAAAUGGAGCAGCUGCCCCUGUAAGUGGUGCUUCACCAAUGACCUCUUUGCCUAACAACCGACAUAAUACAUAUACGUCGGGCGCCACUCCCCAAAGCAAUCCCAACUCACCCAAAAAUCUUCCCUCCACGCAAGCAACCAGUCCCACCACCUAUUGGUAUCCCAACCAAAGACCCCUAUCAUCAAAUUAUGGCCAUAAUGUUGGGAAUACCGUUGUCGGAGGUGCUGUCACUGCUGCCAGUGGAGUUGUUAGCGGAUUUGACACAGCCACUACCAGUAUUGCCAAUGGUGCAGCUGGCGUUGCCAAUAAUGUUGCCAAUGCUGCUGCUGGCCUCCUGAGCGGCGAUGCAGAACAAAUUGCCAACGCUGCUGGCGGUGUUAUAAAUGAUGUGGCAACUACGGCUGUGAAUGUUGCCAAUAGUAUUGGUACUGCAGGCGUGGGAAUUGUAAAAGGCACUGUGGAUGCAGCCAAUGCCAUAUUGAAUGGAUUUUUCGGUAGUGGAGGAAAUACAGGAGUGUCUCUGGGAGCAAGCGCGGGUGGAUCUGGAGGUUUGAACCUUGGAGCCAAUGCUGGCCUCGGAGGAGGAGUAGGAGGAAAAGCAAACGGUGGACUGUCUCUCGGGGCAGGAGUUGGAGGACAAGCCGCUGGUUCCGGAGGUUUAGGUCUAAAUGGAAAUAUCGGUGCCGGUGGUAAUAUUGGCGGAACCGGAGGCUUAAGCCUCGGUGCAAAUGCUGGCCUGGGUGGAGGAGUAGGAGGGAAAGCAAACGGUGGACUGUCUCUCGGAGCAGGAGUUGGAGGACAAGCCGCUGGUUCCGGAGGUUUAGGUCUAAAUGGAAAUCUUGGUGCCGGUGGUAAUAUUGGCGGAUCCGGCGGUUUGAGCCUUGGUGCAAAUGCCAAUGCUGGCUUGGCAGGAGGAGUAGGAGGAAAAGCCAACGGAGGACUGUCUCUCGGGGCAGGAGUUGGAGAACAAGCCGGUGGUUCCGGAGGUUUAGGCCUAAAUCUUGGUGCCGGUGGUAAUAUUGGCGGAACCGGAGGCUUGAGCCUCGGUGCAAAUGCCAAUGCUGGCCUAGGAGGAAAAGCAAACGGUGGACUGUCCCUCGGAGCAGGAGUUGGAGGACAAGCUGGUGGUUCCGGAGGUUUAGGUCUAAAUGGAAAUCUUGGUGCCGGUGGUAAUAUUGGCGGAUCCGGCGGUUUGAGCCUUGGUGCAAAUGCCAAUGCUGGCUUGGGAGGAGGAGUAGGAGGAAAAGCCAACGGAGGACUGUCUCUCGGGGCAGGAGUUGGAGGACAAGCCGGUGCAUCUGCAGGUUUGGGUCUAAAUGGAAAUCUUGGUGUCGGUGGUAAACUUGGCGGAUCCGGCGGUUUGAGCCUUGGUGCAAAUGCUGGCUUGGGAGGAGGAGUAGGAGGAAAGACAAACGGUGGACUGUCUCUCGGAGCAGGAGUUGGAGGACAAGCCGGUGGUUCCGGAGGUUUAGGCCUAAAUCUUGGUGCCGGUGGUAAUAUUGGCGGUUCCGGAGGCUUGAGCCUCGGUGCAAAUGCUGGCCUGGGUGGAGGAGUAGGAGGAAAGGCAAACGGUGGACUGUCUCUCGGAGCAGGAGUUGGAGGACAAGCCGGAAAUCUUGGUGCCGGUGGUAAUAUUGGCGGAUCCGGCGGUUUGAGCCUUGGUGCAAAUGCCAAUGCUGGCCUAGGAGGAAAAGCAAACGGUGGACUGUCUCUCGGAGCAGGAGUUGGAGGACAAGCUGGUGGUUCCGGAGGUUUAGGUCUAAAUGCAAAUCUCGGUGCCGGUGGUAAUAUUGGCGGAUCCGGCGGUAUGAGCCUUGGUGCAAAUGCCAAUGCUGGCCUAGGAGGAAAAGCAAACGGAGGACUGUCUCUCGGGGCAGGAGUUGGAGGACAAGCCGGUGGUUCCGGAGGUUUAGGUCUAAAUGGAAAUCUUGGUGCCGGUGGUAAUAUUGGCGGUUCCGGAGGCUUGAGCCUCGGUGCAAAUGCUGGCCUGGGUGGAGGAGUAGGAGGAAAGGCAAACGGUGGACUGUCUCUCGGAGCAGGAGUUGGAGGACAAGCCGCUGGUGCCGGAGGUUUAGGUCUAAAUGGAAAUCUUGGUGCCGGAGUUGGAGGACAAGCUGGAGGUUCCGGAGGUGUGGGUCUAAAUGGAAAUCUUGGUGUCGGUGGUAGUCUUAGCGGAUCCGGCGGUUUGAGCCUUGGUGCAAAUGCCAAUGCUGGCUUGGGAGGAGGAGUAGGAGGAAAAGCCAACGGAGGACUGUCUCUCGGAGCAGGAGUUGGAGGACAAGCCGCCGGUGCCGGAGGUUUAGGUCUAAAUGGAAAUCUUGGUGCCGGUGGUAAUAUUGGCGGUUCCGGAGGAUUGAGCCUCGGUGCAAAUGCUGGCCUGGGUGGAGGAGUAGGAGGAAAGGCAAACGGUGGACUGUCUCUCGGAGCAGGAGUUGGAGGACAAGCCGCUGGUGCCGGAGGUUUAGGUCUAAAUGGAAAUCUUGGUGCCGGUGGUAAUAUUGGCGGAUCCGGCAGUUUGAGCCUUGGUGCAAAUGCCAAUGCUGGCCUAGGAGGAAAAGCAAACGGUGGACUGUCUCUCGGAGCAGGAGUUGGAGGACAAGCCGGUGGUUCCGGAGGUUUAGGUCUAAAUGCAAAUCUCGGUGCCGGUGGUAAUAUUGGCGGAUCCGGCGGUAUGAGCCUUGGUGCAAAUGCCAAUGCUGGCCUAGGAGGAAAAGCAAACGGUGGACUGUCUCUCGGGGCAGGAGUUGGAGGACAAGCCGGUGGUUCCGGAGGUUUAGGCCUAAAUCUUGGUGCCGGUGGUAAUAUUGGCGGAACCGGAGGCUUGAGCCUCGGUGCAAAUGCUGGCCUGGGUGGAGGAGUAGGAGGAAAGGCAAACGGAGGACUGUCUCUCGGAGCAGGAGUUGGAGGACAAGCCGCUGGUGCCGGAGGUUUAGGUCUAAAUGGAAAUCUUGGUGCCGGUGGUAAUAUUGGCGGAUCCGGCGGUUUGAGCCUUGGUGCAAAUGCCAAUGCUGGCUUGGGAGGAGGAGUAGGAGGAAAAGCCAACGGAGGACUGUCUCUCGGGGCAGGAGUUGGAGGACAAGCCGGUGGUUCCGGAGGUUUAGGUCUAAAUGGAAAUCUUGGUGCCGGUGGUAAUAUUGGCGGUUCCGGAGGCUUGAGCCUCGGUGCAAAUGCUGGCCUGGGUGGAGGAGUAGGAGGAAAGGCAAACGGUGGACUGUCUCUCGGAGCAGGAGUUGGAGGACAAGCCGCUGGUGCCGGAGGUUUAGGUCUAAAUGGAAAUCUUGGUGCCGGUGGUAAUAUUGGCGGAUCCGGCGGUUUGAGCCUUGGUGCAAAUGCCAAUGCUGGCCUAGGAGGAAAAGCAAACGGUGGACUGUCUCUCGGAGCAGGAGUUGGAGGACAAGCCGGUGGUUCCGGAGGUUUAGGUCUAAAUGCAAAUCUCGGUGCCGGUGGUAAUAUUGGCGGAUCCGGCGCGUUGAGCCUUGGAGUUGGAGGACAAGCCGGUGGUUCCGGAGGUUUAGGCCUAAAUCUUGGUGCCGGUGGUAAUAUUGGCGGUUCCGGAGGCUUGAGCCUCGGUGCAAAUGCUGGCCUGGGUGGAGGAGUAGGAGGAAAGGCAAACGGUGGACUGUCUCUCGGAGCAGGAGUUGGAGGACAAGCCGCUGGUGCCGGAGGUUUAAGUCUAAAUGGAAAUCUUGGUGCCGUUGGUAAUAUUGGCGGAUCCGGCGGUUUGAGCCUAGGUGCAAAUGCCAAUGCUGGCCUAGGAGGAAAAGCAAACGGUGGACUGUCUCUCGGAGCAGGAGUUGGAGGACAAGCCGCUGGUGCCGGAGGUUUAGGUCUAAAUGGAAAUCUUGGUGCCGGUGGUAAUAUUGGCGGUUCCGGCGGUUUGAGCCUUGGUGCAAAUGCCAAUGCUGGCUUGGGAGGAGGAGUAGGAGGAAAAGCCAACGGAGGACUGUCUCUCGGGGCAGGAGUUGGAGGACAAGCCGGUGGUUCCGGAGGUUUAGGCCUAAAUCUUGGUGCCGGUGGUAAUAUUGGCGGUUCCGGAGGCUUGAGCCUCGGUGCAAAUGCUGGCCUGGGUGGAGGAGUAGGAGGAAAGGCAAACGGUGGACUGUCUCUCGGAGCAGGAGUUGGAGGACAAGCCGCUGGUGCCGGAGGUUUAGGUCUAAAUGGAAAUCUUGGUGCCGGUGGUAAUAUUGGCGGAUCCGGCGGUUUGAGCCUAGGUGCAAAUGCCAAUGCUGGCCUAGGAGGAAAAGCAAACGGUGGACUGUCUCUCGGAGCAGGAGUUGGAGGACAAGCCAGUAGUUCCGGAGGUUUAGGUCUAAAUGCCAAUCUCGGUGCCGGUGGUAAUAUUGGCGGAUCCGGCGCGUUGAGCCUUGGUGCAAAUGCCAAUGCUGGCCUAGGAGGAAAAGCAAACGGAGGACUGUCUCUCGGGGCAGGAGUUGGAGGACAAGCCGGUGGUUCCGGAGGUUUGGGUCUAAAUGGAAAUCUUGGUGUCGGUGGUAAUCUUGGCGGAUCCGGCGGUUUGAGCCUUGGUGCAAAUGCUGGCUUGGGAGGAGGAAUAGGAGGAAAGGCAAACGGAGGACUGUCUCUCGGGGCAGGAGUUGGAGGACAAGCUGGUGGUUCCGGAGGUUUAGGCCUAAAUCUUGGUGCCGGUGGAAACCUUGGCGGUUCCGGAGGUUUGAGCCUCAACGGCAAUGCGAAUGCUGGUCUCAACCUCGGCGGAGGAAUCGAUGGAAACUUAGGCAUAAAUGCAAACUCUAACACAGGCUUGGGAGCUAACGGUUCAGGUGGCCUCAAUGUGAAUGUUAACACCGGAGGCAAUGGCGGUGGUCUCUUAGGUGGACUACUCAAUGUUUUUGACAAUGUUGUCAACACUGCAGGUAAUAUAGCCGAAAAUGUUGUCUCUGCAACUGGUGAUAUAGUUGGCGGUGUUGCCAACGUGGCUGGAAAUGUUGUCAACACUGUUGCUCAAACAACUGGCAAUGCCGUUGGAAGUGUUUUGAGCGGCCAAAGUGGUGUAACUGUUGGCAGUACUGGUCAGACAAGUGGUAAUGCUUUUGGAAAUUCUUGGAGUAACAGAAAUCCCAGUGGUAAUCGUGGCCUUCUAGGUGGUCUAUUGGGUUAA